GAGAAAGGGGGGGGAGGGCAUAUCAUCUAGAUAAAUAGCCACAGCACCUCCACGUCCCUCCACUGUAACUAUGCUGCGUCUGUGUCUCCUUGCUGCGACCCUCUCCCUGGCUGUCGGGUUCCCGUCUUUCCCGUGGCUGUGGAAGACCAAAUCACUCCCGCAGCUGCCCAGGGUCGUCGGGGGCGUGGAAGCCGAGCCCGGAGAGUUCCCUUUCCAGGUGUCGCUGCAGAAGGAUGGCCUCUUCGGGCGGUCUCACAUCUGUGGAGGAUCCAUCAUUGACGAGCACCAUGUCCUUACGGCAGCCCAUUGUAUCAAGGGAGUCAACCCAGGGAGCAUGUUCGCCGUCCUUGGUGAGUAUGACCUUAGCGUGGAGACUGGGACCGAGCAGGUGAUUGUGGCCACCGACCUGACCAUACACGAGCACUACGACGGCCAAACCUUUACCAACGACGUGGGAGUCUUGCGUCUCCUCGCCACCAUUAUCUACUCCGAUACUGUUCAGCCCAUCGACCUCCCUGAACAAAUGGAGCUGCUGGAGGGAGGGGAGUUGGUUCUCACUACUGGCUGGGGCACGACUGUAGAGGGAGGUUCAAUACCGGAUAUUCUGAGGAAGGUGGAGGUCCCCGUCGUGAGUGACACCGACUGCCGGGUCUCCUACGGCGUCACGGACAUCGCCGACCACAUGAUCUGCGCGGGCUUGCCUGAGGGCGGAAAGGACGCGUGCCAAGGAGACUCCGGUGGCCCUCUCUUCGCUAACGGCACCCAAUAUGGCAUCGUCUCCUGGGGCUACGGCUGUGCGCGCCCCAACUACCCCGGCGUGUACACAGAGGUCGCCUACUUUGUGGACUGGAUCAACAACCAUUUGUAAAGGUCUUAAGGCAAGAGGAGGGAAGGCAUAGCUGGUUUAGGACAAGAGACAAAUAAAGAUACUUUAUUAACCCAUUA